GAGCGUCCCGUGGCCAUGAGCGAGCCGGGCGCGCAGAAGGCCGGCGACGGCUCCGUCUCCCGCCUGCUCACCGUGGUGGAGAGCGAGCUGCAGGCCGGCCGGGAGAAAGGCGACCCCACGGAGAAGCAGCUUCAGAUCAUCCUGGAGGACGCCCCUCUCUGGCAGAGGUUCAAGGAGGUCACCAAUGAGAUGAUCGUGACCAAGAACGGCAGACGGAUGUUCCCCGUCCUGAAGGUCAGCGUCACGGGGCUGGACCCCAGCGCCAUGUACUCCCUGCUGCUGGACUUCGUCCCCACCGACGGCCACCGCUGGAAGUACGUUAACGGGGAAUGGGUGCCCGCGGGCAAGCCCGAGGCCCCCGGCCACAGCUGCGUCUACAUCCACCCGGACUCGCCCAACUUCGGGGCUCACUGGAUGAAGGCACCCAUCUCCUUCAGCAAAGUCAAGCUCACCAACAAGCUCAACGGAGGCGGGCAGAUAAUGCUGAACUCGCUGCACAAGUACGAGCCCCAGGUGCACAUCGUGCGCGUGGGCGGCGCCCACCGCAUGGUCAUGAACUGCUCCUUCCCGGAAACGCAGUUCAUCGCGGUGACAGCCUAUCAGAACGAGGAGAUAACGGCUCUCAAAAUCAAGUACAACCCCUUUGCCAAGGCCUUCCUGGACGCCAAGGAAAGGAACCACCUGAAGGACGUUCCGGAAGCUGUCUCCGAGAGCCAGCACUCGGCCUGCUCCCGCUGGGGAGGCUGGAUCUUCUCCAACCCGGACGGAGCGUGCCCCGCGGGAAAUGCCAGUUACCAGUACGCGGCCCCUUUGCCUCUGUCCGCGCCCCACACCCACCGAGGCUGUGAGCGCCACCCUGGCCUCCGGGGACACCGGCAGACCCCCUACCCUUCUGCGUACGUGCACAGAAACCACGCUGCCUCAGUGAAUCUGGUAGAGAGCCCCGGCAACAAUCUGCAAGUUUUCUCCGGAGCCGACAGCUGGACUUCCAUACCCCCCACGCCGCACGCCAGCAUCCUGUCCGUGCCCCACACCAGCGGCCCCAUGAACCCAGGGCCCAGCCCCUACCCGUGCCUGUGGACCAUCAGCAACGGUGGCGGGGGCCCCGCCGGCUCGGGCCCAGAGGUGCAUGCCGGGUCACCGGGAGCAUUUCUUCUGGGCAGCCCCGCGGUGACCGCGCCCCUCUCCACCCAGACACCUGCCUCGGCGGGUGUGGAGGUUCUGGGGGAGCCCUCGCUGACCAGCAUCGCCGUGUCCACCUGGACCGCAGUGGCCUCGCACUCACUCUCGGGCUGGGGUGGCACGGGCGGGGGCGGGCGCCAUUCUCCCUCCUCACUGGACAGCUAGGCGGGGCCUGAGGGCGGGGUCUGCGGAGGACCUUCUAGCAUUGGGCACUUAGAAACCCCGCCCACCGAUCCCAGUGAGCGAGGCGGCAGGCCCUCCCCCUCCCCAGCGAGCUGCAGGGUGGGGUGGGUUCUCCGGUCAGCCCACUAGCCGAUCGUUCAGUGUGGAUGAUGCCAAUUAUGUCCUUGGGUCUUUCUGCCCCGUUCCCCCGCGUUCUCAUUCCCUCCGCAGCGUGUCCGCGCUGUGCUUCGGCAGUGGCGGGACGAUGAGCACCU